CUCAUAUAUUCACCAUGUCUCUGAUUCCGGGAAGCCUCUUCGGCAACGGUCGACGGAGCAACAUUUUCGACCCUUUCUCGCUCGACAUCUGGGAUCCGUUCCAGGACUUCCCCUUGAUCAACUCGGGCUCGGCUCCACGCUCGGAGACGGCGGCUGUGGCGAACACGCACAUCGACUGGAAGGAGACGCCGGAGGCACACGUGUUCAAGGCGGACCUGCCGGGGCUGAGGAAGGAGGAGGUAAAGGUGGAGGUGGAGGAAGGGAAUGUGCUACAGAUCAGCGGUGAGAGGAAAAUGGAGAAGGAGGACAAAAGUGACAAGUGGCACAGGGUGGAGAGGAGCAGCGGCAAGUUCUUUAGGAGGUUUAGGUUGCCGGAGAAUGCCAAGGUAGAGGAGGUGAAGGCCGCGAUGGAGAAUGGGGUGCUUACUGUUACUGUGCCUAAAACAGAGGAGCAGAAGCCUCAGGUCAAGAGCAUUGAUAUUUCUGGAGCCUAA